AUGCUGCUGCGCGCCCUCACUCUCUGCCUCACCUACAUGCUGUUUGCUGCUGGGGUGCUUUGCAUGCCGUUGUCGGACCAAGGGCCACACAUCGCACACGGCUGGGGCCAGGUGGUCCGGCUCAGACACCUGUACGCUGCCACACCGGGCCUUCAUCUGCUGAUCAGUGAGGAUGGACACAUUCACGGUGCCAUGGAGCAAACUCUGCACAGCCUACUGGAGAUCCGUCCAGUGGAGACAGGACUUGUUGUCAUCAGAGGAGCAGCAACGACACGGUUUCUGUGCAUGGAGAGUGAUGGAAGACUGUACUCAUCGCACAUAUACAACAAAGCUGACUGCACCUUCAGAGAGCAGAUCUUGGCAGACGGGUACAACGUCUACACUUCUGAUCAUCACGGAGUCCCGCUCAGUCUGGGGACCAACCAGCAGAGGCUGCAGGGUGUAGACCGAGGUGUUCCAGCUCUGGCUCGGUUUCUCCCCAGGAUAAACACCCUCCCACAGACCAUCUUUGUGCCAGAUGUCCCUGACCAGCCGGGUACGGCACAAACAGAGGAGAGUGUGGAUGUGAUGGACUCGUUUGGAAAGCUCUCUCAGAUCAUCCACAGCCCGAGCUUCCAGAAGAGAUGAGGCAGCAGCUC